GAUUGAUGCUGUCGAGGCUGUCUAUCCCCAGGGAGAGUUCCCAUGAUGGGAAUCGCUUCCAGAUGAGCUCCCGAGAGAAGCCGCGGAGAAAUCCAGGCCCGGGGACCCACCGGCGUGACGCCCGUUCCCCGAAGCGGACGAUGGCGGCGACCCCGGACUCCCAACAACUCCAAGCCCUCGUGGAGGAGGACUGGGGUUCGAAACCUGCCCCGCGAGGAGGGAGAGCCGACCCGGAGACCCUCCGCCAGCGCUUCAGGCGGUUCCGCUACCGGGAGGCGGCCGGGCCCCACGAGGCGUUCAGCAAACUCUGGGAACUCUGCUGUCGCUGGCUGAGGCCGGAGAGCCGCACCAAGGAGCAGAUCCUGGAGCUGCUGGUCCUGGAGCAGUUCCUCGCCGUCCUUCCCGGGGACCUUCGGGCCCGGGUGCGGGACCGUCGGCCGGACGGCGGGGAGGAGGCCGUGGCUCUGGUGGAGGAUCUGCGGAGGGAGCCGGGGCAACGGGUCACAGUCAACGUGUCGACAGAGAAGGUGGUUUCGAGUGGAUCCGCGGAAGGGGCCCGGGAAGUGCUGGGCCAUCCCAAGGAAGAGUUCCGAGAGGAGGGAAGAUGGAGCCCGCAUCCAGGGCCACAGGAGCCAGCGCGCUAUCAGGGAAAUCCCCAACUCCUUCAGGAAACAGCUUGGCCUGUCCCUUCGGGUUCAGUUCUUCCUGAGGAGGGGAGCUGUAGAGGCCAGAUGACAACCGUGCUCCUUGUGACUGGGUCCAAGGAACCAGUACCGUGUGAAGAUACGGCCGGGUCUCCAGCUCAGGCCGAGUUGAGGCGUCUGGCUCCUGCCCAGAAGGCCCUGUAUAGAGUCAUCGUGCGGGAGAAUCACAGGAACGUGGUCCCAAUGGGAUUUCCCAUCCCUAAUCCUACCGUGGUCUCCGUUCUGGAGCGAGGAGAAAGCACCCGGAUUCCAAAGCUCCAGAUAUCUGAGGAGAAGCGGGUCCCGAGAGGCUUCCCGACAGGAGAGGGGGAAGCGCGACCUGACCGGGCCCCAGCAAGGAGAGAAGGGCAGACCUGGGGGGACCCAAGGCCGCGGAUCUUGGAAGAUGAGAAAGUUGCUGGGGUGCACUGGAGCUUUGAAGAGACCAAGACGUUCCUGGCGAUUCUCAGCGAGUCCUGGUUUUACGAGCAGCUCCGGACUUGUCAGCGAAACAGCCAGGUGUACGGGGCGGUGGCGGAGCGGCUGCGGGAACGCGGCUUCCUUCGGACCCGGGAGCAGUGCCGGACCAAAUUCAAGAGCCUCCAGGCCAGCUACUGGAAGGAAAGGAGGGGUCGGCUCCCGGAGCCCUGUGCCUUCUAUGAGGAAAUGGAAGCUCUGGUGAAUUCCCGGGCUUCCGUCUCUUCCGUGGGCAUCCUAGGAGAGGCAGCGUCUCCCCGGAGAUUGGCAGAGGACGGUGCUGACGCUGAAGAGCGGCAGCACGGGCCCCGGGUGCACGAGGAGGUGGUGGAAGACGAUACUAUGGAGGAUUCUGAGAGUGAUGAGCAGAGCCCUGAAGAGCAGAGCCAAGAGCCUAGCAGCCCUAGUACCGCAAUCCGGUUCCAAAGCCGCACGGGCGUGCACUGGGGCUACGAGGAAACCAAGACUUUCCUAGCCAUUCUCCGCGAGUCCCGCUUCUACGAAAAGCUCCGCACGUGCCAACGCAACGGCCAGGUGUACGGGGCGGUGGCCCAGCGGCUGCGGGAGCGCGGCUUCCUCCGAUCCCCGGAGCAGUGCCGGACCAAGUUGAAGAGCCUCCAGUCCAGCUACCGGAAAGUCAGGCGAGGCCACGUCCCGGAGCCCUGUGCCUUUUAUAAAGAGAUGGACGUCCUGUUGGGCUCUUGGGCUUCCGUCGCCGGCACCGAUGUCCUCGGCAAGAUGACGCCGGUCCCCGAGCGGGGGAGAGACGAGGCCGGGACCGGAGCGUGGACGCCCCGGGUGGCUGUGGAAGUGUCCUUGGCUGAGGAUUCGGACGGGGAUGAACUGGACGUCAAGGAACCGGUCCCUAAAGUUGACAGCUCUGAAUCCCCUGUCCUAUUCCAAACCCCCUCUGAUUUUCCUGUCAGGAGUGAAAAGAAAGGGAAGAAUCCACAAUGGGAAAGUUCAGAAGACGUGGGCUUGCCCAGGACACCGUCAGGAAGGCCUGGCGGGGAGCUGCGCCCAAGUCCUAAUCUGAAAGGAGGAGGUGAGCGUGAGCGGCCAUCCAGAAGGCAAUGGGGAAAUGUUCUUGGGGAGAGACAGAGGAAGCUGACUUUUCAGGAGAGAGAUUCAAAGAGGGGGGGAGUUCAACAGAGACUCUCCAUAGCGGCCAAGUCCUACAAGCGCCUCAGGGGUGGGAAAAGCGUCUUUCAGAACACCCACCUUUUACCCCGACCAAGCCACGACAAAGUCCCGAAAUGCCGCGAAUGCGGGAAAAGCUUCAGCCGGGGCUCCUACCUUGUUCGCCAUCAGAGGAUCCACACGGGAGAGAAACCUCACAAAUGCCACGAGUGCGGGAAGGGUUUCAGCGAGCGUUCCAACCUCACGGCCCACCUGAGGACCCACACGGGAGAGAGGCCCUAUAAGUGCGGCGAGUGCGGGAAAAGCUUUAACCAGAGCUCCAGCCUGAUUGUACACCAGAGGACCCACACGGGAGAGAAGCCCUAUAAGUGCGGCGAGUGCGGGAAACGUUUUAACAACAGCUCCCAGUUCAGUGCCCACCGGCGGGCCCACACGGGAGAGAGCCCCUACAAAUGUGGUGAGUGUGGAAAAAGCUUCAGUAACAGCUCCCACUUUAAUGCCCAUUGGAGAAUCCACACGGGAGAGAAACCCUAUGAGUGUCCCCAGUGUGGGAAGAGCUUCACGAAGAGCUCGGCCCUGACUAGGCACCAGGGUGUCCACAUGAGAGAAAAGCCUCUGUCUCAAUCCAGGCUUAAUUAGGCGGCAGACAGCCGUAUCUUGUAAAAUAACGAGGCUGGGAAAACCUCGCAAUAAGUCCCGUCGGUUGCACUCGAGGUCCGGGCUCUCCACCCGGUUCUGGGAAGAGUUUCCUGUUGGAGCCAAAGCUAAACUCCCGGAGAAAAGCGAGGAAAUGGAUGUUAGGGGGCCCGGGUCCUCCUUCCGAUUUGGCCUCCGAUUCAGGGAAUCCACUCCCGCCCCUCCGCAGCUCUCAGUUUCUCUUUCAGGUAAAUGAGGGCGUAUGAUCCCUGCUGAGGUUUCCACAGCUGUGUUUCCGUGGCUGGGAUGACCGAUCUGAGCAUCACUGAGUGUGUUCGGACCACACAGGAAAAGCGUGUAAGGGGUUUGGGGAUGAGCGGUCUGAGGUCCUCAUGUAGAGGUGGAAAAUGCAGACCGAUAUCUUCUGGCGCUAUCUGGCCAUGACAGAGCGGGUUUUUACCGAACCGAUAAUUCGCUUCGGGGCCACUGUUUGGUUCUGCCGUUUUGGGAAACAAAGUAAUCCAUGAGCAUUUGUAAACUAUGCAUUAGUUCAAACCCAACAAAGUAUCCGAAACCAACCUGGCCUGUUAAGGGGAAGUUUACUUCCGUUGGGAUGCGCCCUGAUAUUGUUUCCCUGAUUUAGACCUCACCUUAGAGCAAAAGUCCUUUGGUUUUAUCCUUUCGAUUUCUGAAUAAGGUAGAAUUUAGCAUCUCCCACCCUUGGUUCCAGACUGGUGGGAUUUUAGAAUGAACUCGUAACCUUUACUACCAGUGACCUGCAUAUAAUGUGCAACAACCCUAAAAUAUUGUUACUCUGACCAAAAUAAAAGUGUUCAUUCCCA